AUGGGAUUUCUCGAGGCACUCCUCAGCUUGUGCGAAGGCAGCCGCGCCUCCCUGCCUUCGUCGUCGCCCUGCGCCGCCUCCGCCUCGCCCUCGCGUUCGCGCGCGCCUUCUCCGUCGUACAGAAGCCGAGCCGCGCCUUCUGCGCUCGCGCCGGAACUCGUCACUACUCGCCACAACGCCUCCGUCCGCUGCACGUUGACGCCGUCGCCUGCACGCAAGGUUCGAACCCGUAGUCCUCUGCCCGCGCCGCUCACGGCAGCCUUGCCUGCGUCUCCCUCCGCUGGGCACCUCCGGGCUGCGGCGGCGAUGGCUCCAGACUCGCUGGACGAGGUGAGCUCGACCUGCGAUUCCGGCGCGCUGUGUUGCUGUCCCAUGUCGCCGCAGCGCAGAUCUUCGCCGCCUCCGAGAAUCAUGUACCUGCAGCCGAAUUCCACGAGCUACUACUACCCGGCGUCGCCCUCGGCGACCGCCACUCGCUACGCCUCCGGGCCGCCGCCGGUCAGCGGCACUUUCGCCGCCGCGCCCGCCCUCAGCGGCGCGAGCCUCGAACACACGCAGUACUACGCGCCGCCGCAGCCAAAAGUUGAAAUCCUGGCGCCCCCCGCCGCCGCGCCCGCGCAGAGUCGCCAUCUGACCGUCCCUACGCUCUGGUCUCGCAACCCGCGCACCGUCGGCUCCGCCGAGGACUGGAGCGACAAGGCCAAGAAGAAGUCCGCAGCACUCGCUGGCGUCGCCGAGCGAGAGGAAGCCGCAGCUGCAGCGCUCCUCAGAAAGGAGGCGGAGUUCCAGGCUCGGAUUGAGGAGAAGCAGAUGCAGCUGCGGCAGCUGGAGAAGCGAGCUGCAGGCCUUCGAACGCUCUCAUGUUCUUCUGGCAUGCGUCCGGUGGAUGAGAUCAUCGACUCGGAAGAAGUGCGUCAGCUCAGGAGCAAUCUCUGCGAAAAGGAGCUCGAAGUCGAGCAGCUCACUGCGGAGGUAGACUUUGCGAAGAAGGAAAAGGAGGAACUAAGCGCCAAGGUCAUCAUGAAGGACGCAGUUAUCAGCAAACUGAAGGCGGGUGAAGACGUGACCGAUCUACCGGGGGCGGAGACCAAGGAGGCUGUGAAGUCGCUUCGGCAGAAGGACGAGGAGAAUCGCCUGCUCACGCGGCGCCUCGAGGCCAUGCGCGAAGAGCGCCGAGACAUGCGCGAGCUGUUGCUGCAUAAGGACCGUCAGCUCGCGGCGGCGCUGAGCGUCUCAGACCCGGCGGCGAAGGAGGCGUCGGCGGUGCAACUCGGCGUCCAGGCGAUUGCCAUGGUGCGCGACAGCGUGGACUUGCGGGAAAAGAUUAGCCUUCUCGAAGCCGAACUUGCCGCGCUCAAGGAGGAGAAAGACCGCCGCGAACUGCUCCUCGACGAGACCUUCCGCAAACUCACCGACAAACGCCGAGAAGCCGCUGGCCUCCUCGAGAUGGUAUCCCAGCGCGACAUGAAAAUCGCGAGAGUCGAAACCUUUCUGCAGCAACGGAAUCGCGACUACGAGCAGCUGCAGGCGCAGUCGCGGGCGGCGCUGGAGGCUGAGCGCGAGCGUCUCGAGAAGAGCGCGGAGGAGAUCAAGGUCUUGGAGGAGCAGCAGGCCGGGCUGAAGAACGUGGUGGCGGCUCGGGACGAGAAGGUGCUCUGUCUGCAGAACGAAGUCGUCCGGCGCGACGCGAUCAUCAAGCAGCUCGAGCAGCGCGUCAAAGUCGUUUCGCAGGACUUGGAGCAGAACGCGAAUCACCUGCAGCAGCUCCUGCGCGCGUCAGCAGCCAAAGACGCGUACCUCUACGAGCUGGAGGCGCAGCUCCGCCAGAACGAAGUCGAGCGGCAAGCCUCGUACCUCGCCGAGGUCUCGCGCACGCGCCGCCUCGCGCUCGAGACGCGCAUGAAGGAGGAGGCGUGCCGCGCGGCGCUGAACGAGAAAGACGAGGCGCUCGCGCACGCCCAGCACGAGCUCAGUCGCAAUACGCAGACGCUGCAGCAGAUUCGCCACGCCUUUACGAGCAUCGAAGCCACCGACGCGUGCUACCGCCCGGCCGACAGCGCCGCGGGCGUCGCUCCGGGCUCGCCGGCGCGCGCGGCGGCUGCGCGCAGCGGCCUGGGCGGAAGCGACCUGGGCGGCAGCCUCGCGUCCCUCUCGCCCUCCAACGACCCCUUGACGCGCAUUCCGACGGCGGUCUCCGUGCCCCAGCGGCCUCUGCACGAGAGCCUCAGGGUGCUGCAGGCCGACGGGGUCUCCGAGAGACCCGCCCUCACCGAGGCGCGUAAGAGCGCCGCAGACCUCGCCUCGCCCACGCACACACUCUACGAACGCACCACCGUCGCCCUCGACCCCGCUGGGUACCUGGCGCCUUCCGCGUACUCGCCUGUCCAGUACGCGUCCGCCAAGCCUACGCCGGCGUACGCGAGCGUCCUCCGCAGCGCCGUCGCUGGCCUCGACGAGGAGCCGAGCGACAAAAAGGCCUACGUCAGCCUGCCUGCGACUCCCGCGAGGACGGCGACUGCAGUCAAGAAAACCGCCGCUGCGUCCGGAAAGAAGCACUGA